GUCGACAUGCAAAGUAGGUUGUUUGUUUGGCCAUAUGGUUUGGCCUCGCGCGAGUCAUUCUGUCGAAAAGAGUAGAACUGAUCAUAUAAUGCACAUUUUACCCGCAACACACGUGCCGAUGGAAAAUUGUCAGCUUUUGUUAAGUAAAGAGCAGCCCCCGAGUCACGCAGUGAGUAGUAAGGUCUCUGAAACCAGAAACCUCACCCGUGUACGCAACCUGUCCGGAGACAGCACCGACGGUCAGCAGGGGGUACUAGCGAGCAAGCAACAACGCACCAGCUUGCUGUCUAAGAUCAGGAGAUAUCUUAGUUAAUAAUAGCAGCUUCGCUGGGAGAAUCAUCUUUUCCAGUUCGACUACAGCUAAAAUAAGAAGCCAAUUCUUUAGCCUGGACAAACUCCUCCGCACGCAGGACCAUGGUUGGGCCAGCCAGCACCGCAGAAUGUCCGAUCCCCAGGAUAUGCGCACGACUCGCCACGGGCAAGAUAUCGGGUGUCGUCGUCGAUUUUGCGAGAGAGCUAAGAGUUGAGAUACACAAUGGCAACGCGACCGUAGCAUUAGCGACAAAGGUGGGGCAAACAAAAUGUGCGGGGAUAGCAGCAGCAGCAGCCGCAGCGACGACGGCGGGGACGGAUACCGCGACGGGCCUCUCUUCGUUCUACCGCGGCCUCGGAGUCAAGUUCGUGCAGAGCAAGUCGCCCCUGCCCCCGCCGCGGACACCGGCCCUGAUGGUGGGACGUGGAUUCACGACAGCUUCCUUCGUCAACGCCGUAGCGAGAACCUCGUUCGCGCCUCCGGCGACGGUGUUGAUGCUGGGCAGCAGGAACGUGCUGCUGAUGGCUCCCAUCCUCCUCGGUUACGACGUGACGCGGGAGCGACUGCUCGCCGCCCGCCUCCUCGCUGACACGCCCGUGUCGCGCGCUUUCCUCGCCGCCGCUGCCGGCCUCGCAGCCGCCGCGCUCACCACCACCGCCGCACUCGCAUCGUCGCAUGAUACGAGGCACCUUCUCUGCCGCGGCAUGUACAGGACACUCUGGAAGAGGUUCGGCCCCGCCGUUGCCACGCAUGCCGUGUGGAGCGUCGCCAUCUUCUCGGCACUGGAGCAGGCGCGGUUCGUGCUGUCCAGCGGCUGCGUGUGUGCGGCCGAGCGGCCCCGCGCCGGACGCUUCCGCGAGGAGAAGAGGUUGAUGGUGCUCUCGCACCCACAGUCUCUGUGACGCGUCGACCGAGACGGCCGGGUACCGCCGGCGGUGGUUCGACAUCUCCGCAGAGCGAGCGCCUACAGCAGAUCUCAUCGUAGUUAUUAAAUAAAAUGCAUUGCGCAUUCAUUCUGGCAGCGCGGUGGGGUAGGCACUUCGUCGUUGGGUAAUUGGCACGAUCAGUCGCUACCUGCAAUUUUGCAGUUGUUUACUUGGAGCAGAUGUCAGUAAAUUAUUGUGUCGUGAAUGCGCUGUGGCAGCAGAGAGGGGUUAACGCUACGCUGUUAGUUCAAUGUUGUGUAGGUGUGGAACUGCACUUGCGUCAUACUGUGUUCCGAUGGUACAGCAUUUACAGGUUCGCACAAGAAUUAACCCCCCCCCCCCGGGUGAACUAUGUAGAUGAUACGAUGCACUCUGUCUGAUAAAUUUCGAAUGUGUACCUGGUUUUUGCGCUAGUAUGUUAUCCAUCUGCUAUAAACCUAAUUUAUCGUUAAGCGGAUGCUAUGAUUAUGGUUUAGUACUGGCAAAAGUUGCGCUAAUGAAUUUUUGACUGACUUGUCCUGUAUUGUUUUGGGUGUGUGUUUGCAAGUAAGAUGCAAAUGUGGAUGAGCACACAGAAUUCUUUGAACCCCUCCUCUGUGUUGUUUCAUGCCUUCUAGAGAUAUACAGACUUGUGGUGGAAGUAGAAUAAACGUAUCUCUGAAUGUCGACGGAAACUGCGCUGCUUACAUAAUUUACUUCUUUAGCUCCGAUCUCUAGGGUCGUAUGUACAAAUAUUAGUAUAAGUGUUGUGUUGUGCUAUGAUACCUUGUCGAUGUAAUAAGAGUAAUGGAGGGUCUUAUUCCAGCGUGUUUAGUUUCGGUCUGCUUAUGUCUAAUGAUUACAAGGGACCACUCAGCUGUAGUCUAUAAUGUGCAGGAAGAUCUCGUAUAACUGUAUGGUUAUAUUGCGAUAGUUUGUAGUAAGAGGAUAUUUUGUGUUAUUCCGAUUCUUUCAUAGUUCUUAUGACAAUCGUAAUGUUUGACUGCAACCACAGUGCGUUGGUAUGGCGGUGCCAAGAUAACGUAAUUCUCAUAUUUAUGAAACGAUAAUUUCGUACUUUGGUUUUGAUGAACCGAUUACCAUCGUUAUACGAGAUGCUACUGUACUUUUUAUUGUUUUGUGGUCAUUUUAGGGGCUGGAUUCCUUUAAAACAUCUUAAAAGUUGAAUUGGAUAUGUAAAGGGAAAGCUUUUUAUUAUGCCCUGUUUCAGGAAUUGAUGAUUCUCCUACAAGUAUAGUAACUAUUCAGCAUUGAUGGAAAUGUGUUUUAAUUUCAUCAGUAACCCUUUUCUUCUUCAUUUAUUUUCAUCUGUAUUAUCCCGAUUUUCAUUUCUGAUAACAACUAUAUUAUAAUUUGAGAAAGGCUAGGUAGACGACUUGGUUUUCUUGAUGGUGUCUGUCGCAUAUCUAUGAUCUGUAAGAGCUUCACUAUAUUACUUUUGUAAAUAAAAUGCAUCAUUAUACUGUUGGCAUUGUAA